AUGUCUUUCACCAACAACAAGAAAAGCUUCUUCGGCGAAGAGGAGACAUCGGAUGAAAAUGAAAAAUCUCAGUAUGAUUCUUCUACAGAGGAAAUCAACCCUCCUCAGCAGAGCCCUCUUCCCAUAGCCCUGAGGUCCUUGACAAGAAUUGACGAUGUGCAAUUGCCAAAAGGACAAUCAGCCCUUCAGCAAUCGCCCAUCUUCUCCCUCUCCCUCUCCUUACUCGAGGAAAGAUGUAAGGCACAAGCUUUGACCACACUAAACUCUGGUCGUGCAACAGGUAAUAAGUUGCCGGAAAAUCAUCCAACUGUGCAACGUUUAGCCCAGGUCCUCUUCAGUGAUAUGGCGGGUGAGCUUCAUAAAUCCGGGGUUCUUCCUGGAGCAGAUGAGCUUGCAAGCCAAAAAUAUGCAAGCCGACGUGAGGGUUACCUUCGAACUCUCGAUACGAUACUUUCGCAAAGGGCAUCACAGCGUGUACGGAACUCGCCUCCUAACCAGAGCUCCCUUAUUUCUUCAACAUCGUCUUCAUCAAUUGCUACAUCUCAUCAGCCAGCAAAUCUCAAUCUCGCAGUAGUUUCCAAGAACCCUUUCUCGUCGGCUGCUUUAACUUCAAAUCCAUUUCAAUACAAAUCCAUCUACAACAGAGAAUGGGAGCAGAUCAGUCUAUUGGGUAAAGGGGGCUUUGGCGCGGUCUAUAAAGUCAGACAUAGAGUCGAUGAUCUAGAAUGCGCUAUCAAGAAGGUCAUCAUAACACCGGAUCAGCUACGCCAGGUUGAUACAGACGCACUGUUGUCUGAGGUUAAAGCAUUGGCUGAACAUAAACACCCCAAUAUUGUCAAUUACUAUGGCUGCUGGAUUGAAAUGGGGAAUGUAGUUGAUUCAUCAGAGAUUCGUUUGAUGAAAGGUGAUAUGUCAGGUUACCUUUCAAUGACUGUGAGCGAAGUAGAGCGAUCAGAAGACGGACUUGGAAUGCAGGAAGACCCCACUUUCGGUAUGACUGACUUGCGUCUGGACAUGGAAAAAGAGCUAGACAAAGAUAAUAGAAGAAAGCGACAAGGUGAAACUACCAACGGUCAUAGUUUCUCUAAUGAUAGUGGUGGCUGUGUUAUAUUUGAAAUAUCAAAGUCAGGAACGACAACAACAGCUAGCAGAAAGUCCUCGAAUAAACAUGAAGAGGAAUAUGAGGAAGUCAUUGAUAAUGGCAAUAUAAUCACUCCACAAGACGACAGAGCUCGUAUUCUAUACAUCCGGUUUACUGCCUAUCCUCUUACAUUAGAGGAAUACAUCUCGACCGACGCACCAAAGCCAGGUCACGAGUUUCCUAUCCGCCACUGCUUUCAUACACUCCCCACAAUUCGAAUCCUGGGUGCACUUCUCAAUGGUGUCCAGUAUCUACAUGCAAAGCGCCUAAUUCACCGAGAUCUCAAGCCCGCCAAUAUAUUCCUCUCUGCCAAGAAAUCCCUCGAAGCAUUUGUUCCCGCUCACAACCUUAUAGACGUCAGCAAAAGCGCCUGCCCUACUUGUGCUGGUUCUCCGAAUCAGAACAAAGCCUACGUCACGCCUUGCAUCGGAGACCUUGGUUUAGCAGUCAAAUUAGCCGAAACAACAGCCACCUCUGCUGCGGGUCAUUCUAUUAGAGCCAUAGACCUCAAUCCAUCGUCUCAACUUUCUCGCCUAGGGUCAAGACAGGCCGGCACAAAAUUAUAUAUACCUCCCGGCAAGUCGUCAAUUGUCUGUCCUAAAUUAGACGUUUAUGCCUUGGGAAUUAUAGCCUUUGAGCUCAUCACCCCCUUCACAACGCGAAGUGAGCGUCAAGUUGUGCUGAAUAAUAUCAAAUCGGGUGUAUUUCCGGCUGGAUUUGAGAGGCAUGAGAUGGCUGAGGGUAUUAAGGGGAUGAUAGCUGAGAAGGCUUACGAUAGAUGGGACUGCGAGAGAGUUAGGGGGUGGAUUGAGAGAUUUGAGAGACGAUAUGGCGGCCCAGCCCAUACCGGCUUGCACUUUCUACUCGAGUAA